UAUGGCAAUGUUCCAAAUGGAAAUGGCAUUAAACCUAAUGGAUAUGGUGCAACCAGAGGAGGUUAUGGAACUGGAGCUGUUCCUAUUGGAUAUGGAGGCAAACCUAAUGGCCAUGGAGCUGGAGCCGUUGGUGUUAAAGGAUAUGGAGCCAAACCCAAUGGGCCGGGAGUAAAAAAUGGUGCAGCUCUUGGAGGGUCUGGAAGUAAACUAAAUGGAUAUGGAGGAAUUGGUGCGGGCCCAAACCCUCCAACCAACAAAGGAGUGGGAGCUGUGUCACCUGGCCAAGGUUAUGGGGGUGCUGGUGGAAUACCUACUGGACCGAUGCCUAACACAGGUUAUGGCCAGAUUCCGUAUGGAAAAGGUCCAAAGUUACCUGGUGCACCAGACGGAAGAGGUCUUAAAGGUGACGUUUUGUCACCUCAGCAACCAAGGUCAGCACCACAGGAGGGUGCUGCUCCUCAACGGCCAAUCAUAAGAGGUGAUAUGCUUCCUGCGCCUGAGCCUACAAAUGGUGGCCUUGUUCUGGUGACCCAAGACCAGUACCAAAGACUGCCCUCACCUGUGCCACAAGGGAAAAGCUACAAGCAGCUGAUGCCUCAAGGUUUUCCAGAGCAGAUUCCUGCAUUUCCUCAGGGCAAAGAAUCAAAGCUGGGAGAGCAUCCAAACACUGGUUCCACAUUCCCUGGUUCGCAAGACAAGAGUCUGAAAGCCGCACCACCAGCAGGGGUUCACAACCCGGCAGUAGAGACCCCCGGAGCUCUUCCUCAGGGUUAUGUGAUUGACAGCACCGGGCCCAAACAAAAAAGUGCAGAGGCAGAUGUGUUUGGGGUGGGCAACAGUGAGGGGGAUGCUGUUCCUCAAGACAUCACACAAGCUGCUCCUACAAGUUUUGAGAACACCCUCCUUGAAAGAGCACAGAGAGUUUACACCCCCCCAGAGGAGGGAGUCAAGCAUCUGGAGCCUGAGGAAGGACCUGACAAGCUUGGGGUCAAAGAGUAUGGAGGAGCUUCAAACUCUAAAGGACAGGGAGCUAAAGCAACCAAACCUGACUGUGGCCCUGGAGGUGCAAAUGGGCAGUGGAUGAAAAUACCUAGACCAGGACCUGAAGCAUCAGCAGGCACAAACACCAAAGGUUACGGAACAGGAGGAUAUACUGGGCCUCGAAAUGGAUAUGCAGCUGGCCUUGGAUAUCCUUUCGGAGGCAAGCCCCAGCAGCCAAUUUACAGACAAGGAGCUUAUCUUGGAGGACCUGGCUAUGGAAAAGGAAACUAUUAUGCAGGAAAUGCAGGCCCUGGAGAAGGUGUCAAUUCUAAAGCAGGCUAUCCAAACGGCUAUGGUGCUGGUUUACAGCCUGACUAUGCUAGUCUUGGCUAUGGUAUUCCUACUGCUGAUGCAAAAUCAGGUGGUGGCAUGCAGGUUCCUUACAAUGGUGCACCAGCAGUGCCAGCUGGACUAAAUGGCGCUAGUCAGACUGAGCCACAAUCAGCUGGUCUUGGUCCUAGUAGAAAGCAAGGCCCCGUUCAUGGCGGAAUGGAUGGCUUACCUUAUGGCGUUCAGACUGGGAUGGGUGCUGAAAACUCAAACGCCAAGUAUGGUAUUGGUGGACUGCAGUUCGGUGGCAACCCCUUGGCAGGAAAUGAUGGUGGAGGAAAUUAUGGUGGUGCUGGUAUGGGAGGGUUUCCAUAUGGAUACGGUGGCUUUCCCAACCUUCUAGGUUUUGGCAGUAAUGGAAAUAUUGCUGGCAAAUAUGGAUAUGGAAGAAUGCCCCAUGAAGCUCAGCCAGUUGGAUUUGUUCCUCAAGUCCAGUCUCCUGGUGCUGGCAUAUAUGGUCCAGCUGGUUCACCAUAUCAGUCAGGAGCUGUUGGAUUUGCACCAAGGGGCGGUGAUGGUUACUAUGUGCCACAAGGUGCUGAGCUUGGCAGUGAAGGAAAGCCUGCUGGGAAAUACGAUAACCAGGGAGUCCCCAUCUCACAGUCUCUUGAAUCAGCGUCUGAAAGUCAAUCUGGUCCACCUUAUGAAGCUCAGCCAGAUACCUCAGCCAAUACUAAUGUGGAAAGUGUUCCAGCACAAGCAGAUACAGGAAUGGCGACUAAAUAUGAAAAUGUUGGCUAUAUAAGUGGAAGCAAACUGCAGCCUGAAGUUGUUUCGCUACCUGCUGCGCCCACUCCCGGCCCUAUUCUGGAGUCUGCCCUCACACCCGCUGGAACAGAUGACCUCUCUUCUGACCUCACGGGCCCCGGCGGCCUCAUUUAUGAUUCUGCGGGCGUGGGUGACAAGCAGGCUCGGGGUUCAGAGCACCCGGACGACGCAGAGCAGCUGCCACGUCAAAUACACAUCCAGCAGCACCUCAAACUGCAUUUUCACCCAAAAGGGACCAAAGAUGCUAAUCACGAUUUGAAUGGCUUCUUCGGGAACAGUGGCUACAAAGGUUAAUGAUGCCCAUCCUUUCUCUUCCUGUCAUUGUAUGAUAGUUUUUUCAUCACUUGCUGAUUGUAUAUUCUAUUUACUCCUGCCCAUUACUAUUUACCAUUUUGUAGACACUUUGUUUUUUGUGCAUUUUAUACAUAGUUUUAUGCGCCCUGCAAUUUCAAUACAUCCUGCACUUUUGUGUUCAUGCAAACAAAUCAGAAUACUUCUAAUAAUGCAUUAUAAUUUAUUUGGCAUGGUAAAAUUGUAUUACUACCUGUAAGCAUGUGUUUUAUAUAUAUAUAUAUAUAUAUAUAUAUUGUAC